UCAACGAGAUAUAACAAAAUCAUUCAUUAGAACAGAAUCCAACUAUACCAAAAUAAGUUGUAGAGAUUCAAUCAACCAAGGAAUGCGUUUCAUUUUUGGUCCCAAAUCCAGCCAAUAUCCAGGUACAUUUUAGUACACAUCACCUGUUCAUCACUCGAAAUUUUACCAAUUAGCCGUCCCUCUGACAAUCCUUUUUUAUCUUUAAAUACUCAAAGCAAACUAAUGAAAACGAAAUAGCACAAACCACUUCCUCGUUCCUAAAUCCUCUCUCUUCCACAUCUUUCAGAAAUGGAUUUCAACAGUGCAUACAAUUCAAGGAGGAAGCCCUUUCUGCAAUGCGCUAUAGCAACGACCACUCUCGUCGCUAUAGUCAUUGUCGUCGGUGUAACGCUAGGCUUCACCGUGUUCCGGCCCCGGAACCCAACCGUCGUCCUUUACCCAGUGGGCUUGAGCAACCUCACAAUGAUGGAUCUAACCACGCAGCAGAACAUCACGACGAAGAUGGUCGUCGGCAUUGGCAACGAAAACUACGCCGGUUUCAAAUUCGGUGACGCGACAGGUUUGGUGACUUUUGGCGAUGACGUGGUCGGCGAAGCCCCGAUCCUAGGGCAAGAGAUCCACCCGCGGUCGUCCGUAAACAUAACAACGUGGUCGGUUCUGAUGCCGGCGAAGAUGAUGAGCAACCCAGCGGCGAUCACGGAGAUCUCGUCGGGGAAGGUGGAGCUGAAGUCGACGGUGAAGCUGCAUGGGAAGUCGUCGUUUUUGGGGGUUAAAGUGAAGACGUCGGCGUACACGGAGUGCUACCUCACGAUUGUGUUUGGGGAGGUGCUAAGUGGGGAGAGUUGGUGCUGGAGCAAGCUCAAGAUAAACUGAUGGGGUAAAAAAGAAAGAGUAUAAAAUAUUAGGCAUAAU